CAUGCCAUUGUUGACUAAACAUAAACCAACACUUUCAAUUUCUAUAUUAUGCUUUUUACGAUUUUGAAUUACCAUAAUUGAAGAUGUAGUUAUUUGCUAAAAUCUGCUCUCACGAUGAGCAGAUUCACAAAGCUCUGCACUGCUCUAAUGGCAGAAGCUUCUAGAGCACAGAAAUGAAGAAGCAAGCAUUGCAAAAUGAUUCUCUAUCUCUUCUCUGGGGAUACAGGGGAGUAUUUAUACAAGCCUAACUGCACUAACCAUUAACUUAUGAGCUGGAUAUGAGCUGGCAUUAACCACUAACUGCUCUAACUAACUAUAACUAACUAGAGUUCACAAGAUUAUUGCUAGGCUAACUCGAACAGCCAAACACUGACACUGCCCCCAAAAGUAUUAAAUAUAGACUCUGAGCCCUCUGCUAGCAUCAUUCCAUUUAGUCAGGUAAUUAUUCUCUUGUUAACCUAGCAGUCUGACCAGAACUGAUAUUCGUGAUGGUAGACGGUGCUUUUGAUAGAGCACUAAACUCAUUCUGAGCAACCAGUAUUGAGAAUGAUGCUAGCAUUAUAUAUAUUUCCUGGCCUAUUUGGUUUCAGAUUCACCUUUUGUUGAAGUAGUGACAAACAGUCCUCCCUUCUGUUACCACUAGAAAUAUUCUGUCAUUUAAAAAGCUUUUCUCGUGGUGGGGGUGGUAGGGGAAAGUGAAUAUGGAGCAGAGGAGGCCAGGAGGCCUAAGCUGCGAGUCAUGACCUACCUAGGCUGCAAAUUUUGUGCUCCUAGUAUCUGAUGCCAGCGGCAUUAAAUUCCGAGUAGUCUUUUGCACACAAAUACUAUUCUUCAUGACAUUUGAAAUUAACAUGCUCAAGAUUUCCAGGUUGUGACCUAACCUCUUAUGGAUUUUGGAACGGGAGGGACGGGAAAGCUAAUUUUCCAUGCUUCCAAUAAACUCAACUUCUGUGUUCCAAAGUUGUUUCCUGGAAAACUGAACUUUCAAGUAAGCUGAAUAUAUAUUAAAAAUAUGCAUAAGAUGGUACCUCUUCUAAUAACAUUGAUCUUUGGAGAACAAUUUGCAGUACAGACAUAUUAAUUAGUUAUAGAAGACAUAAGUUCCUGUAGUCGUGUAGUCUUGCACUGAUGGGGAGAAAAACUUCCCAAUUAUUCAGUCAUAAAAGAUAAAUUUUUCUGUAGUCUUGUAGUAUACGUUGUCAGGCGCAUGUCACGAGUUCAUAUCCUAUUGCGGACAUAAGCCUAAUAUUUAAAUAGAGAAAGGUGGAUGGCCAAUUCGUUAUCCCCCGAGUAGCAAACUGUGCGCCAGCUAACCCUUGGGGAUUUCUCAGUUAUAAAAGAAGAGAAUCUUGAACCUAACACUCAUAUGUCCUUGCAGUUGACAAGAUUGUCUUAGUUUACAUUCCAGGAUACAUUGAAGAUCUAAAAUGAGUGUAGUCAUUCAGCUCCAUUCAGGAGGUGUGGAGCAUACACCAAUAUAGAGUGUACCGUAUAUUAUAUAAUGAUCGUGCAAGAACUGCAUGUUUCUGUCACAACCUAGAAGAGAUGGCAGGAGUCAAACUUGUGAUCAUUUCCUAGCUCGGGAGUAAUACAACGUAAUAUAUGCCAUAGAUUGGACAUAAAUCCAUUUAUGUUUCUCUUGUAAGAUAUGAUUAUUAUACUGCUUCAUCUGCCAAAAUGUUAAAAUCGCUGAUGGUUGGUUCCAUCCUGAUGUAGGAAUAUCUCCAUUUCUUUUGUGAUCCACCUAUGUACCACGUUUCAAUCAGUUCAAGUACCAUCAUGCUGGACGAGAACUUUACAGCUAAACUCUGUGAUGUUAGCCUUCUUUGUUCAAUUGAGAACAACAUUCAACCGCCAAAAUCUAAAUGCUCCAAAGAAUGUAGAGAUGAGAUUUGCAAACAUACAAUCUACCAGCUUGGUUUGUUGAUUCUUGAGUUAGUCACGGGUCAAUCCUCGGAGGAUGGAGGUGUUGACUUAGUUCAGUGGGUCCAAGAUUCUCGUCUCCGGAGAAGGUCCAUUCACCAGAUGAUUGAUCCAGAUCUAGGAGACAGCUAUGAUUUUAGAGAGCUCAAAGGUCUUUUGGCAGUUGCAAAGAUGUGUGUCCAAUCCAUUCACAAGCCAACAAUAAAGACCCCUCAAAUUUUGUGGUUUCUACAAAAGAAACUGGGCAUCAGCCAAGGAGUUCCCCAAUGACUGGACAUUUGCUGUGAUUGCCAACACUAACAUCUCCUGCGUCAAGUAGCAAACGAAUCGCACUCAUUUUUAUUUGAGCAAUUUAUUAAAAUUAGCAGUAUACAUCAUUGCUUCUGUAAGUACACACAAGAUUUUUUUUGUAAUUAGUCUUGGGAAUUUUCUAGAAUUCAUUAGCCCCAUAAGCUUUAGCCUUGCAUGUAAGUCUAUUUACUCAGUUUGUAAAAGCAGAAACAAGACACAUUGUGCAAAAUCAGAAGUGUGUUGAUUUCUUUUUCCC